AUGGAGAAGCACGACAACGCCAAUAAAUACGACACCGCCACAAACACCGAGCACGACAACGCCAAUAAAUACGACACCGCCACAAACACCAAGCUCGACAACCCCAAUAAAUACGACACCGCCACAAACACCAAGCACGACAACGCCAAUAAAUACGACACCGCCACAAACAACGAGCUCGACAACACCAAUAAAUACGACACCGCCACAAACACCAAGCACGACAACGUCAAUAAAUACACCGCCACAAACAACGAGCACGACAACGCCAAUAAAUAUGACACUGCCACAAACAACGAGCUCGACAACGCCAAUAAAUACGACACCGCCACAAACAACGAGCACGACAACGCCAAUAAAUACGACACCGUCACAAACAACAAGCACGACAACGCCAAUAAAUACGACACCGCCACAAACAACAGCAGGUACGACAACGCCAAUGGGUGCAUCGGCGUCCAGAGAGCUUACAACCAGUAA